UUGUAAAUUCAAGAUGGCAGCUCCCUUGCAACAUUUUUCACUAGAGAACUGUAAAAAUGCAUUGAGUGACAUUCUAGGUGCAUUCAAAGAGGAAGAAAACUUUCAGAGAUUAGAGGAAGCAAAGAUCUCCGCUGGAAAUGAUAUGUUACGGACCAUGCAGAUUGUAUUUCCAGUGGCCACUAACAUUCAAAUGGAAGUUAUUGAAAAAUAUGGGUUUGCACCAGAUGGAGAGGGUAUCAUUCGAUUUACCCAAGCUGUGAAAAUGUAUGAAAAACAAGAUGAGGAGAUCCAGCAGCUGAACCACACAUUGAAAACCUGCUUAAUCCCCACUGUCACCGUAAUACCAGGUGGGCGGCAACAGCACAACGGAUCCUGAUCAACUCCCAGCAGAAACUGUGCCAUAUCUCGACAAUUAUGUGUUCUCAAAACAUCUCGUAUGAAGUUUGAUUUAUACGACGAAAGAGUGAUACAAGUUCUCAAUUAUUAUGAUUAUAUGAAUUGGGGGGGGGGGGGGGGGGGGGGGGGGGGGGGGGGGGGGGGGGGGUCCUCCAGUGUAAUAAAAAUGGUAUUUUGUUUGGAAAUAAGAAAUUUUAGAGUCCAAAUUCUGCAGUGAUUUUAUGCCUGAUAUGAAUAUCUAAUAAAACGUGCCUACAAGACUAAGCAUGUAGAUGUUCUAAUUUUUUUUAAUAUAAAGAUAUUUAUAAAAAUGAAAAACAUCAUUUGCUGAUAUUUUUUAAAUAUAUGACUAAAGUCUUCAAGAACCAUGUCAGUUAAAAAAAAAAAGAUAAUUAGAAAAAUACACUACAUGAUUUUAAAAGAAAUGAAAUUGCUAAAAUUAAGAAAUAAAUUUUCAUUAUCCAUCUCAUUUAUUUCUUGCAUUUCUAUUCAAGCCAUAAUUUAUACUAUGUUAUUCUGUGUUACUUUUUUUAAAAUUUAUGUACUUCUCAUAUUGCAUUUUCUGUAGUAUAUUUCCAUGAUCCAACUUCAGACCAAUGUGGAAACUUAUUCAAAUCAACACAUUUAUAAUGAAUCUUAUUGUUAAAAUUGUAUAUGCAUGCCCCUGAAGCCCCUUGAUUGUUGAAUAACAUACCAUUUCAGAGUAAAAUGACUGACAAAAAUGGGCGAAGUUUACAUUUAUGAGUAACUUGGUAUAUUAAAGUAUGAACAAAUCAGAAAGUAAAAUUUGAUUCUAAAGUUAUCUUACUAUUAUACCACCAAAACAAAAUAUGAAAUUUGUCUAAAAAGUCAGGUAAAUUUAUUCUUCGUCAAAUUAUUUUAAAUUCUGGAGAAUCUCUGAACGUGGUUUUAUAGAAAAAAAAGGUCGGUGUGUGUUGAGACAAUCAUGAUAGAUUGUUAGAUGUAAGCAUUGCAAAUCGGCAAUUGUAUUCUUGAAAAUCUAUUUAUAUUAUUUAAAGUUAUUAUAUGUCUGAUAGUUGAUUAUAGAUAGCUUGGUAUAUACACUGUACAUGCAUAUUAUACCAUACUCUAUCAACAAAGGUGGGGUGGGUGGGGGGCUUACACACCCACCACUACCACCAUAAAUUGCCACUGCUAUUUGCUGGCCCAUAGUGUUCAAAAGAAUGAAUUUUGGCAAUUUCAGCAAAAUAACAGGAAAUACAUGCAUUUGUGAUGUCAUCAUUGUAAAUAUUAAAUCCAUGAUUCACUUCAAAAUGUACAAUUUUGUUUUAUUUGUUUUAUAAUAAGUCUCUUCAAGAAUUUUUCACACAUAUUGAGACAUCAUAGAUCUAUCGUGGUGAGGACUAUAGUAGUAAAGAUUCUCUUUCAUGCCAAUGCCUUUUGUGACUUGGGAACUCAGAUUUUAGCUCAAAGUGAGCUAUAAGCUCAAACGAGCCUUUAUGAUCACAUGCUGUCUGCCAUCCAUCCACUUCACAUUUUUUCUUGAAUCAAUUGGUCAAUUUCAACCAAACUUGCCAUAAAGCAUGAUAAGAUAUAAUAAUAUAUAGGGAAUUCAAAAUUGUUAAGACCAUUUUCAAAGGAAAGAUAAUUAAGAAAUAGUGAUAAUAUGAUGGCAUUUUUAAGAAAUCUUCCCAAGAACCACUGGGUUAAUUGAGGAAUUAUGUAGAUUAAGAAUUGUUCAAAUCAUGGCCCAAGGGGAUAUUGUGAGACCAGUUACCAUAUCGGAUCAGUUUUAAAUGGAGGUGUAAGAAAAUUUUAAAAUCUUUUUAAAUCUAGUACAACAGGGCCUUGAUAAGUCAUAUUUGUUUGCAUGCAUCCUCAGGUAGCGCAGAUUCAAGUUUGUUAAAAUAAUGAACGUGGUGGGUAAGGUGGGGCCACAAUAUGGAAAGAAGUCUCAUUACCGGUAGAUCACCUGAGUUACUAAGGUGACCUUUUGCCACUGGUCGGUUGAUUGAUUGAUUGAUGUUUUCCGCCACACUCAACAAUUUUUCAGUUAUCUGGUGGCCCCCAGUUUUUUAUUGGUGGAAGAGAGAACCCAGAUACAUGUACCCGGGAAGAGACCACCGACCUUCCGAAAGUAAACUGGGAAACUUUCUCACUUACUGGCGCGAGCGGGAUUCGAACCCGCGCCGACAGAGGUGAGAAGCCGUGUGAUUUUGAGUGCAAUGCUCUAACAACUCAGCCACAGAGGCCACUGGUCGGUGUCUGGCAUUGUGCGUCAACAAUUGAACAUUUUUAACUUCUUCAUAACUAUAACCCUAGGCUUAGGCUCCCAAUUCUUUUCAAAUUCUAAAUGCUUCUUUGGGACAAGGGAGACAUAAUAAAUUGUAAAUUUCAGGAUUCCUUCACCCCAGGGUUGUCAGGGUGGUGCAGGGCAAAGCUCCCAAAUUAUCAGAAAUCUUCUCUGCACCCUAUUCUUGCCUUAUUGUUGUGGUAGUGUGAGUGAUAUGGCAUUCCUGCUAGCUCUGGCUUGUUGGUUAAGCCUUUAACUUGAUUGAUGAGUGUUUGACUUGCGUGCCAGAGACCCGGGUUCAAAUCCCUUAGCAUGAAAAUGUGUCUGUUACACUGUGAUUAUCUCCCCUUUGAAGGGGACAUGGCCCUUUAUUUGAACAAACUUAAAUUCCCUUUUCCCAAGGUUCAUUUGUACCUGUGAAGUUCGACUGAAAUUGGCCAAGUGGUUCUGGAAAAGUUUAUGGACAGACAAAAGGUGCUAAAAAUUAAUCUAUAUUGAGCUUUAAGUGCAGGUAAUAUAACUGUUACAUAGUAUAUAUAGGAGAGAGGAGAAAAUUUAUGGCUGGACUGCGAAUCGAACCCAGGACCCCUGCAUUACUAGUCAGGUGCUCUAACCAAUGAGCUGUCCAUAUAGUUCUGAUUACUACACUCCUCCCUCCUGAAUUUGUCUUUGCCCUCGAAGACACACACAAGCCAGGUUCUUUUCACCCCUGGACAACCUGCAGUGCAGGGGUGGUCAACGGCACCAAAUAUACUAUGUAGGAGAGAGAAAAUUUGUGGCUGGACAGGAAUUGUACUGGGGACCCCUGCAUUACUAGUCAGGUGCUAGCUCUCAUCACUGAGCUACACAGACCGAUAUUCACAGUCCGUAUAACCCUAAUUACUACAUUCCUCCAUCCUUUAAUUUGUCCUUGAAGACACACAACCCAGAUUCUUUUUGCCCCUGGCAUGACUUUCACCUGCAAGUCCAGGGGUAGUCAACGACACCAAAUGUAACAGGAAAAGAGAAAAUGCAACAGACUAGACAGGGAUUCAAACCCGGGCCCCCUGAAUCUCUAGUCAGGUGCUUUACCAUCUGAACUAACUGGCCACCAUCGAUCGAACAUGGCUGACCGCUACAUUCCUCCCUCCUUAAAUGUCUUUGCCCCCGAAGACACAACCCAGAUUCUUUUUGCCCCUGGCAGGACUUUCACCUGCAAAUCCAGGGGUGGUUUAUGGUACCAAAUGUAACAGGAAUGGAGAAAAUGCAAUGGACCAGAUCGGGAUUCGAACCUAGGCCCCCUGCAUUACUAGUCAGGUGCUCUAACCAAUGAACUAUCCAGGCUGAUAUCCACAGUACAUAUAGCCUCAAUUACUACAUAACUAAGGAGCAAGAAGGCUCGCAUAUUGUAUAAUGUGAUAACACGUACAAAAUUGCCCUUUACUUCCUUGCCCUCGGGCCCUGUCACCCUAAGGUGAAGGAGCAAACUUAGUAUUUAAUACCUAGAUUAUAUGACUCAAAGCCAUGUAAGGAGGAGCAAGCCCUGUACGUGAAACUUGAGCCAAUUAUUGCUACACAUAACCUAUAGCUAAGCUUAUGGAUUGUCUCCCCCUAUAUAUAUGCAAAUCUACACAAGAAUGUCUGCAUAUCAUUUAGAUUGAUUCAGUAGACUUGGUUUCACAGAAUUAAAAAAAAUAUAUAUAAUGUUCUUGAAUCCCCAUCUGGGCCUUAGCAAUCUGAUUAAUUAAAAUAAGACCAUUUAAUUGAUCCUUUAAAGUCUAAGCAAGUUCAAACAAGAGGCCCAUGGGCCACAUCGCUCACCUGAGUCACCUUGGCUCAUAUUUAAAGAUUUUUCCUAUUCGCAUGUAAAACUUUGAUCCCUAUUGUGGCCCCAACCUACUCCCGGGGGCCAUGAUUUUUACAAAAUUGAAUCUGCACUAUGUCAUGAAGCUUUCAUGUAAAUGUAAACUUCCUUGGCCAGUGAUUUUUAAGAAGAUUUUUAAUGAUUUUCCCUAUAAAUUUGUAUGUAAAAUUUUGAUCCCCUACUGUGGCCCCAUCUUACCCCCGGGGACCAUGAUUUUUACAAACUUUAAUCUGCACUAUGUCAGGAAGCUUUUGUGCAAAUGUAAACUUCUUUAGCCUAAUGGUUCUUGAGAAAAAAAUAUUCUAUUUAUUAUAGUUAUGUAAAACUUUGAUCCCCUAUUGUGGUCCCAUCCUAACCCCUGGAGGGGUCAUCAGAGUUUCACAAACUUGAAUCUGCACUAUGUCAGGAAGCUUUCAUGUAAAUCUCAUCUUUUCUGGCUCAGUAGUUCUUGAGAAGAUUUUUCAAGAUUUCCCCUAUAUAUUUGUAUAUAAAACUUUGAUCCCCUAUUGUCACCUCAUCUUAGACCCGGGUACAGAUAGUUGAAAAUGUAAAAAAUGACUUCUGGAAAGAUGUCAUGGUGGCUUUUAAGGAAAUUCAAGAAAAAGUUGUCAUUAAAUCUUGGGAGGACCAUAUGAGCCAACCUUUAUGGAAUAAUCAUAAGUUCAAGAUAGAAAGUCAGUCCAUCUUCUAUAAAACAUGGUAUGAUAAAGGAAUAAAAAAUGUACAUGAUCUACUUGACGAAAAAGGAGAAAUUUUAAAUUUUAAAAUAUCUAAAGACAGAUUUAACCUACAAAUGAAUUUUUUAUCAUAUAUGGGUAUAACACAAGUAGUAGCCACAGAUAUGAAAAAGUAUAACUUUACAAAUAAAGCAUCUGUGCAAAAACCCCUUAUCCCCUUGAAUAUCAAACUAUUUGUUUUAAAAAAGAAAGGGUCGAAACCUAUGUAUGAUACUCUCAAUAAACCAGAUGCUAUACCCACAGGAAAAAAGAAAUGGAGUAGAUAUUUCAUUACCUCUGAUAACCAAUGGAAGGCAAUCUUUUACCUUCCAUUCUUGACUACAUUGGAUUCCAAAUUAUUAUGGUUUCAAUACAGAGUUAACCACCACAUUUUAACUACCAAUAGCUACAUGUACAAAUUAGGUAGAGUAGCUAGAUUCUAAACUAUAAUUAUGCACCUUUUGUGAGAGGGAAGAUGAAACAAUUUACCAUUUACUUUGGGAUUGUCCAAAAGUACAACAAUUAUUAUCAGAAUUUAUCAGAUAUUGCAAUUCAAAGGAGAUUGAAAUAGAAUUUGAUGUCAAAACUUAUAUAUUUGGUGAUACAAAACAAAAACAUUUUAGGUCAUACAAUACAUUACUUAUAAUAAUAAAAAAAUAUAUAUAUAGGAAUAGAUGCCAAAAAAAUCAGCUAACAGAUAAAGCUCUUAUAAAUGAUUGGAAUUAAUUGUAUCAAAUCAACCAGGAUAUAGUUAUAAGGAAAGAAAUGAAUUAGGUAAAUUUAAAACGGACUGGGAAAAAUGGUCUCCAUUAGUUAACUGACUCCCUCCUCUCUCUCUCUCUCUCUCAUAAAAAGAAAAUGAACAUUAUAAUAUACAUGUAUAUGCUUAGAUAUAUUCAUAUUCUUUUGUAUCUACUUUUGUGCAUUAUGUAUGUCGAUUGAGUGAAAUAAAAAUAUAAAAAAAAUCUUACCCCAGGGGGCCAUGAUUUUUUUUUAACAAACUUGAAUCUGCACUAUGUCAGGAAGCUUAAUUCAUGUAAAUUUCCACUUUCCUGGCCCAGUAGUUUUUGAGAAGAAGAAUUUUCCUAUUUGUAUAUAAAACUUUGAUCCCCUAUUGUCGCCUCAUCUUACCCCUGGGGGCCAUGAUUUUAACAAACUUGAAUCUGCACUAUGCCAGGAAGCUUUCAUAUAAAUUUCCACUUACCUGACCCAGUAGUUUUUGAGAAGAUUUCUCCUAUAUAUUUGUAUGUAAAACUUUGAUCCCCUAUUGUGGCCCCAUCCAACCCCCGGGGGCAAUUAUUUGAACAAACUUGAAUCUGCAUUAUGCCAGGGAGCUUUCGUGUAAAUGUCGGCUCCUCUGGCCCUGUGGUUUUUGAGAAGAUUUUUAAAUGACCCCACCUUAUUUUUGUGAUUAUCUCCCCUCUGAAGGGGACAUGGCCCUUCAUUUGAACCAAUUUGAAAGCCCUUCACCCAAGUAUGCUUUUGGCCAAGUUUGGUUAUAAUUGGCCCAGUGGUUCUGGAUAAGUUGAAAAUGUAAAAAGUUUACAGACGGACAGACGACGGACAACAGGCGAUCAGAAAAGCUCACUUGAGCUUUCAGCUCAGGUGAGCUAAAAAGUAUCAAUCUAAUUUUAAUAAUUUUUACUAUAUAUUCCAGUUUACAACUUUCAACCAGAAUCGUCAGUUUCACCACAUCCGAGUCUACACUAGACCAAAAUGCUUGCAAAUUGACAUACUGUAGGCUUGUGGUAGAAAUUUUCUAAAUAUAAACUCAUAAAUAUCCUUAUGUAAAAUUUGCAACCCCAACUGUAUGAAGCACCGCCUUGAACCCUGGGGUUGUGGUUUCAAACUUCAUCAUAUAAUUUUUCAUCUUCCCAAGUGAAGGGUUUCUGAUCCGCUCCUCGAGAGAGCGGAUCAGAAACCCAUAACUUAAUUGGGAAGAUGAUAAUUUUUGGUCAAAUGGUUCUUUCUCAUCAGAUUAUUUAAACCUCUUUAUCCAAUUAGCCUUAGGGAUAUGGCACAUCUAUCUAACAAUCUUGCAAUCUCUGAAUUCACCAAAGACCAUAAUUUGCUGCCAGUUUGAAAAUGGUCCCAUUUUGGAGUCAUUAAACAGAUGUCAAGCAGACAUGUCAAGAAAACCUCACUUGGGCUGAAAACUGUUCACCUCUUUAUUUGAACAUUUGCUGAUAAAAAUGGACAUUUUGCAGUCCUUUAUGAAGGAAAAGAUACCAUCUCUGGUUGAACCUAAGUGAUAUAUGUUCCUGCAGGGAUUCGGGUUAGUACCCCCCUUGUUUCUAAGAGGCAACCAAGGUCCUUCAGGUGAGACCACAAAAACCGAGAUCCUGUGUCACAUCAGGUGUGGCAUGAUAAAAGAUCCCUCCCUGCUCAAUGACCAUAAGCGCCGAGUAUAGGCCUAAAUUUUACAGCCCUUCACCGACAAUGUCUCCAUAGCAGCGAAAGAUUCUCAAGAGGGACGUUAAUCAAUGCGAUAUAAUUUGGCAACGCCUCGUGAUCACAAGAAUAGGACAUUACAUUAUGAUCAAUGAAAAGGACAUUUUCUGUCUGAAUCCUCCGACCAGUUUUAGUUCUUCAACUCUACAUUAGUGUGUCAACAUAUUGCAUUUCUGAAGGCAUACCACAUCUUAGAAGAUACAACACAUCUACAGCCAGGGAUUACUUUUUCAUUACAUGAAUUUAAUAACUACUGAGGAAUAUGCAAUCACCAUUCACCUUAUCUCCCAAUGCAUUUUGUGAAAAGGUAUACAAUUUCUGAGAAAAAAAAGAGAUGCAUAUACCUCUUCUAUAGUACCAUCUGACAGCAUUGUCAAAAAUUGACAAGUUUUGCACAUGUAAUGUAACUAUCAUUUAAAACCAAUUUUAAUUUUUAGAAAUUUAUUAAAUAUCCAUCAUAUACAUGUAUCCAUAACAACAACACAUUUACAUGUAUACAUGGAUUUCAUCCAUCACACCUUGUUCAAAAUUUACUUGUAUUCCCAAGACAGUCACACAACGCAUACUCAUUCACACACAGCUGUCAAUAAAUAGAGCAGAAGAUUCAAUUUUUACUGGAUGCGAUUUGCAGUAAAUUUGGCAGCAUCUUCAUUUUGUAUGAGCUAUAUCCUUCAUAACAUACUCUUCACACCUUCAUCAUGAGAAACUGCAACACUUCUACCACUUGUAUUCUACAUCAAACUCAACAACAUGAAAUCUUGUUGUGAUAUACAUGAUGCAUGAUCGGUAAAAACAAAUUAAUUAUGCUGCAUGAGAUUUUCUCUAACACAAGCAUUCUUCUUGAGAAUGGAAUGGCCCCUAACACGAAAGAAAUGAAAACACAUACAAUCCAAUAUGUCAAUAAAAAAAUACUUUAAAGGAUGCAAUAUAAUUGAGGAGACCUUUCUAUACACACAAUAACAUGUACCUUAGCACUGAAACAUAAAACUUAAUCAAGAAUUUUGCAGUGGGCCACUGACUGAUGAGGAAUAAAAAAUGGAAAGUUGAUCGAAUAACCUAAAGAAACUGUCUUUAUAACUCGUCUUUUUCAUCAGCUCCCUCCUCCCCUGAUGGGGGUGGAGCACCACCUGCUCCUUGGUAAAGUUUGCUCAUUAUUGGCUGCACAACUUCUUCCAACUCUUUCUUUUGUGCUUUUAAGUCUUCUACUUCAGCAUCAGCAUUAGAUUCCAUCCAUUUAAUUUUCUCAUCAACAGCAUCCUCAAUUGUCUUUUUAUCUUCAUCACUCAAUUUUCCUCCUAAUUUUUCUUUAUCUCCUAUUUGGUUUUUAAGAGAAUAUGCGUAGCUUUCUAAUUCAUUCUUUGAUUCUACUUUUUCCUUGACUUUCUUGUCUUCAUCAGCAA